AUGAUUACCACUAUUAUUGUCGUUUUGGUCAUUUUCUUCUUUGCUAGAAGCAUUUACAAAGAUUUUAUUGCCAAUGACAGCAACCCAUUAGCCAAUCAAGCUCAUGGAGCCACCAUUGUCGAAGGGAAAUUCACACCAAAAUCAUUGGCCAAAUACAAUGGAAAGGAUCAUCCAAAGAUAUUCAUUGCCGUAAAGAAAAGAGUCUUUGAUGUUAGUCAAGGUGCUGCUUUCUAUGGUCCUGGAGGUCCAUAUGAGAAUUUUGCCGGCAGAGAUGCGUCAAGAGGAUUGGCUUUGAACUCAUUUGAUCCCGCCGUAUUGACUCCUUUAGAUCAACCUAUUGAUGAUUUGAAGAAUUUGUCCAAAUUAGAACAAGAAUCUUUAGAACAAUGGGAUGAACAUUUUGAAAAUAGGUAUAAAGUUGUUGGUUCGUUGCAUGAAAAUGGAACUGUCAAAGAAGAAAUCCGUGGUCUUUGA